GUGCCGGUUGCAGUACGAGCAGGUGCCUGCGUGCUGCACGAGCAGCCCCGUUUGGCAAGCUUGCCGUGGUGGCCAGAUUUCAUCAGUUGGUGGGAGCAAGAGAUUGAUUCCGAGAUCAGUGCAGCACCCGCGGCAAGACUAUGCGCAACCAACGCAGCUGCCCCACUUGUAUGUGCUUUUGUUGCGGCGUGCCGGCGUGAGAAGCAAGUGACUCAGGUGCGCGCGGUUCCGCUGUCUUGCCUUGUCGCCAUGCUGUACUAUCAUGGUGCUGAUGCCACUACUGCCGUCGCAGACCAGCUGCUGGUGAGAGCAGGUGAAGCUCUCAUGCAACAUGCUGUCUUUCUGAUGCAGCAAGGACAGCAGAUGGUUGCCGCUCCUACCCGGUCAAAAUGGACGCAAAUUGACCGCUAUGAGAUCGAGAAUCUUCUUUUGUCGCUGGACACCGGGUAG